AAAAAGCAGAAGCAGCUUCUUGAGAUUGACAAGGAGAUCCUCUUCCUCUUCCACUCUCUCAAAAUAAAUAAAUAAAUAAAUUCACUGUAACAAUACAAUACAAUACAAUCUUCAGUUCAUAUACAUAAAUUAAAAUCUUUUUUUGAAGAGAAUUCACCUUCUCUUUCUGUUAUUGUUUUUCAUCUAAUUUUUUUAAGCUUUUCGUUUCGUUUAUUUUGGAGCUGUAAUUGCUACAGCUAUAGCUACAAGAAGCUGAGCUUAGACGACGACUCGUAUGCUAUGCUGGGGGAACCGUCAGUAUCCGGCGAUGUUGCCACCACAGCCACGAGAGACGAUGAAGCUGGAGCUGCUGAUAAUAUCGUUGGCUCAAAUUCAGGCGAAGAAGAUAAGAGUAGAGUUAAUCAGCUUCUUGAAGAAAGUGAUCGAAGUUUCGGAGGAAACCGGUGGCCAAGACAAGAGACUGUUGCACUCCUUAAAAUAAGGUCAGACAUGGACGUCGCCUUUCGAGAUGCAAGUGUUAAAGGUCCACUGUGGGAAGAAGUUUCCAGGAAGCUAGCGGAGCUUGGUUAUAAUCGAAGUGCCAAGAAAUGCAAGGAGAAAUUUGAGAAUGUUUUCAAGUAUCACAGGAGAACCAAGGAUGGCCGAACCAGUAAAUCUCAUGGUAAAACUUACAGAUUUUUUGAUCAAUUAGAGGCUUUUGAACAUCAUCAAGCUCCUUCAGUGACACCUUCACAACCACAACCGCCCAAGACUCAGCCAACGCCGGUGGUGGCCGCAGCAUUAUCAGCAUCAAUGCCGGUGGCUCAUAACAUCACUGUUACUUCUACUGUUCCAUCAACAACAGCAAGCCUGGCAAUUCCUUCUACAAAUUUACCUUCGGUACAAGUAACAAACCCUCUGAAUUAUCCUUCUUUUCAGAAUAUUUCCACUGAUCUACCGUCGAAUUCGACAUCGUCGUCGUCGACUUCUUCGGACCUGGAAUUGGGAGCCAGAAGGAAAAGAAAAAGAAAAUGGAGGGACUUCUUUGAGAGGUUGAUGAAGGAAGUUGUGGACAAGCAGGAAGAGUUGCAGAAGAAAUUCUUGGAAACAAUAGAGAAACGUGAGCAUGAAAGAAUAAUUAGAGAAGAAGCUUGGCGAAUGCAAGAAAUGACAAGAAUUAAUAGAGAGCGAGAAAUUUUAGUUCAAGAAAGAUCCAUUGCUGCAGCUAAAGAUGCAGCUGUAAUGGCUUUCUUGCAAAAAUUAUCCGAUCAGCAAAACCCCCUUACUGGGCAAGUACAAAAUAUAAAUGUUCCUCCAGUAAUACAAAUAUCUCAGCCACCACCGGCGGCAACGCAGCCUGUAGCAGUACUAGCACCAGCACCGGCACCGGUUCCGCUACAGCCAGUAUCAUUGCCUCCAGCACCUCAGCCGCAGGCACAACCAGGACCACAAUCACAGACACGACAGGUAUUAAAUUUAGAGAUGUCAAAUGGGUCAAAUGGGGACCAAAAUUCAAUGGCAACAAGCUCUUCAAGAUGGCCAAAAGUUGAGGUUCUAGCAUUGAUUAAUCUAAGGACUAAUCUUGACUCUAGGUAUCAAGAAAAUGGACCUAAAGGGCCAUUAUGGGAAGAAAUCUCAGCAGGGAUGAGAAAGCUAGGUUACAAUCGCAAUGCCAAAAGAUGCAAAGAGAAAUGGGAGAAUAUAAACAAGUACUUCAAGAAAGUGAGAGAAAGCAACAAGAAAAGGCCCGAGGACUGCAAAACUUGCCCAUAUUUCGAGCAACUUGACGCUUUAUAUAAAGAAAAGAACAAAUUUGAUAGCUCUUCCAAUCAAAUGAAGCCCGAAAACUCAGUGCCAUUAAUGGUAACACCCGAGCAGCAAUGGCCGCCUCAGCCUGAUCAACUUCGACAUCAAGACUCCGCCAUGGACGACAUCGAGAGCGAUCAAAUUGGAGAAGAAGACGAGAAAGAUAUGGGGGAUGACGAUGAAGAAGAUGAUGGAAGUGGCUUCGAAAUUGUGCCAAACAAACAAGUUGCGGCGGUCGAUGCAACCGAAAGGUAAUCCCUGUGGUAACUUCGGGUAGGGUUGCGGGGCGCCGGGAAAUUCGGAUUUAAUUAUAGUGAGGGGGCAUGCACAUGGGGCUGUAACAUAAAGUCAGUGGGAAUUAUAUGUUUUUUUUUUUUUUGUAAUUUAUUUAAUUUUUUGGCUAAAUAAAUAAGUUGAGAGAAAGAACGAGAGAUUGAGGGUUUCAUUGAACAAAUAAAGAUGGGGCUAGUGUUUUUCUUGUA